GAGGAGGAGGAGGAGGAGGAGGAGGAGGAGGAGGAGGAGGAGGAGGAGGAGGAGGAGGCACAAACAUCCAAGGACUCUGCCAAAGCUGCCACUCGAUGCUGUCAGACUAAAACACUUCACGGCCUCCUCAAGCUCCGGAUGGGUUCUGUGGAGUCGAUGAAUCGUUUGUAUUGUAAUUCUGAUGAAUCCCUGUAAAUAAAAUGCGAUCCUUUUUCAAAGGCAUGUGCGUCACGUCUGCUUUUUUCUGAUUUCUUGUGUAAAUAUACGUUCAAAAACGUGUAAGUAUCGUGGAAAAACAAGCAACGCAACAAGAAGUCAAGGUGAUUUUUACCACAUUUGAAGUGAUGAAUCUCUUUAAAUGCAGCAGCAUGAACAUACAACAAAAAGAGUUAAAUGUUUGAGUAUCAAACACCUCACUAUAGAUGGACAGAUCUCCUUUAGUCCAAUGAGACAACAUGAAUCCAUUUAUAUUGUCCAGAUGUUUCAUAAAAAACAGUUUCACAGACGAGGAACAACUGAAACACUCCAGGAUGAGUCAUUUCUCUGGACUUCAGUCACAUGUUGUUUUGCAGAAAACUCCUUCUCUUUUCUUUUCUCAGCAGCUGAAGCUCCGUCAGUCUAGUUUCCUGUUUUCUGCCACAUCACCGUUUACAGGAGACAUUCUGUUGAGGUUUUCACUGUGGAUCAAAGAACUGAAAAGAGGAUUAAAUUUUUGUUUUUUUUAUCUGAAACAAACCAUUUGAGGUGUAAUGGCGCAGCGAGGAGUUCAGCUGGACCAGGAGAAACUGGGCUGUUCGAUCUGUUUGGAUCUACUGAAGGAUCCAGUGACUAUUCCCUGUGGACACAGCUACUGUAUGAACUGUAUUAGAAGCUACUGGGAUGGACAGUAUCUGGGGCAAACCUACAGCUGUCCUCAGUGCAGGCAGACGUUCAGACCGAGGCCUGACCUGAAGAAAAACACCGUGAUGGCAGAUUUAGUGGAAGAAGUGAAGAAGACCAGACUUGAAUUUGCUCCUGCUGAUCUCUGCUAUGCUGGACCUGGAGAUGUGUCCUGUGAUUUCUGCACUGGGAGAAAACUGAAAGCUUUCAAGUCCUGUCUGCAGUGUCUGGUCUCUUACUGUGACCAACACCUCCAGCCUCACUAUCAAUCUCCUGCUUUUGACAAACACAAACUGGUGGACCCGUCCAAGAAGCUUCAGGAGAACAUCUGCUCUGCUCACAACGAGGUGAUGAAGAUUUUCUGCCGCACUGAUCAGCAGUGUAUCUGUUAUCUGUGCUCCUUGGAUGAACAUAGAGGUCAUGAUACAGUUUCAGCUGAAACCGAAAGGGCCAAGAGGCAGAACGAACUCAGACUCAACCAAAAAAAGAUCCAGCAGAGAAUCGCAGAAAAAGAAGAAUGCAUGAGGAUGCUUCAGCAGGAGGUGGAGACCAUCAACGACUCUGCUGAUGAGGCUUCAAGAGACAGCGAGAUGUUGUUGAAAGAUCUCAUCAGUCUGGUGGAGAAAAGAAUCUCUGAGGUGAAGCAACAGAUCAGAUCCAAGCAGAAAAUCGAAAUCCGUCGAGUUAAAGAGCUCCAGGAGACGCUGCAGCAGGAGAUGGACGAGCUGAGGAGGAAACAUUCUGAGCUGGAGCUGCUUUCAAACACAGAGGAUCACGCAGAGUUUCUACAUGUUCCUCAGUCACACAUGAGCAACUGGAAGGACUCGCCCAGCUCGUAUUUUCCUCCUUCGUGCUGCUUCGACGACACCGUGGCGGCUGUGACGAAGACCAGAGAUAAACUGUGGAACAUCCUCAGCGAGGAGUUGACCGACAUCUCACCGACAGAAGUGGAUGCUUUACUCUCAAAACCAGAACCGAAGACCAGAGCUGAAUUCUUGCAGUACUCCUGUGAAGUCACGCUGGAUCCAAACACAGCAAACGUGUUGUUGAUUUUAUCCGACGAGGACAGAAAAGCAGAAAUAAAGGAAACUUCAUUCUUUACAAUAGUGCAGGUGGCGGUAGAGAUGUACGGUACUCCAGAAACAUCAACGUUCACCGACAAGAUUCAGGUGCUGAGUAAAGAGAGUCUGACCGGGCGGUGUUACUGGGAGGUGGAGUGGACCGGACCAGAAGUUUCAGUAGCAGUCGCUUACAAGGACAUUAGAAGAAAGCGAGAAGAAAGUGAGUUUGGUUACAAUGACAAGUCCUGGGCUUUACAGUGUGUAAACAAAGGCUACACAUUCCUACAUGACAAGAAGACCUCCAUCUCACUCUGUCAGCCCAGGAUCGGAGUCUAUCUGGAUCACAGUGCAGGUAUUCUGUCCUUCUACAGAGUCUCUGACACCAUGACUUUGAUCCACAGAGUCCAGACCACAUUCACUCAGCCUCUCUAUGCUGGACUUCAGCUUGCAUUGAGAUCUACAGCUGAGUUGUGUCGGUUGUCUGGAAAAUGACCAACCUGAGACACAAAACAACCAUAAAAUAACAAAAAAAUUACCAAAAUGAGACAUAAAAUGACCAAAAUUAGACACAAAACAACCGCAAAUUAGCAAAACAUCAUAAAGAAAUGGAAAACAGCAACAAAGAGAUGCAAAAUGAUCAAAAUGAAACACAAAACAACCAUAAAAUGACAGAAAUUGACCAAAAUAAGAUACAAUGUUACCACAAAACGUCAGAAAAUGACCAAAGUCAAACAUAAAACAACAAGAAUAUGACAGAAAGCAACCAAAAUAAAGCACAAAAAGACAACAAAACCACCACAAAGUGAAAGAAAAUUACCAAAAAUAGACACAAAGUGACCACAAUGUGACAAAAAACAUGUUUAAAAUGGAAAACAACAAUAAAGAUGUAGAAAGGACCGAUCUGAGUAAUAAAACAACCAUAAAACAAUUGAUUAUUUUGUGUAUUAGGUGAAAUGUUACUGAAAAAAUGAAUGUUUACUGACUGAUUCUUGUGAAAUCUUGUGAUAAUCUUAUUGUAAUCUUAUUAUAAUCUUAACCCUCGUGUUGCCCUGCGGGUCAAAUUGACCUGUUUCAAAGUUUCAAAAUGUAGAGGAAAAAAACAACUAUUUUCACAGUGAAACUUCUGACGUCCACAUUUUCAACAUUUUUUGGGAGGUUUUUGAAAGUUUUUGGUGGAAAAAGAAAGACAUCUUUAAAAAAAAAAACUGUUUCUUUAAGAAAGCAGCGAAUUUUGUUGGAUAUUGGUUGAUUUAUUUGUGAAAGUUCUUAAAGAAAAUAUUAAAAAUUUUACUGAUAUAUACGUGUGUAAUCAUAUUACAUUUUAAGGAUUUUUUUUGGAAGAUUUUUAUUCAUUUUUUGAAAAUAUUUACAAGAAUUUUCUUGCAAAAUUUGGAAUUUCCUUUCAUUGUCUGAAAAAUAGGGAAUUUUUUACAUUUGUUUUUUCAACAAGGAAACUAUAUUAUUGGAGUCCGUAAAUGAAGACAACAGGAGGGUUAAAAAAAAAAAAGAAGACUUAAACUAAUCAGUGUGACUGAGGUCAAAUAUUAAGAAUGUAAAAAUGUUUUUGUUUAACUUUGUGCAGCCUCAUGUGUAUAUUUCAUUAUUUAUGUGAUUGUUUCAGAUUUAUUUGGGUUUAUUGUUUGUUUUUCAUCCUUCCACACGCAUGCACGUGAUUUAUUGUACAUAUAUAAUUAAAAUACACU